GAGGAGACGGCGGAGGCCCUGCUGGGCCUGGUCUGCAGCCCCCGCUCCCCCUGGGCUCUGCCGGAGGGCGCCAGUGCAGAGGACCGCUUUAUGAAAGAACUGGCCAUCCGGAAUCCCCUGAUGCUCAAAGACACCUUCUUCUACUCCUACUUCAGGUCGCUACGGGUCGUGGACAAGCAGGUGAGCCUGGUGGAUAAAGACCUCCUGAAAUUUCUAAAUCUUGAAGAGCUGGUACUGAGCGCUAAUCAAAUCAAGGAGAUCGAUGCCGUCAACCUGCCCCCGACUCUCAAGGUGCUGGAGCUCUAUGGCAACAAAAUCAGCAGCAUGGAGUGUCUGUGUGCCUCCCCGCCCCCACGCCUCCAGCACUUGGGGUUGGGUCACAACAAGCUUCAGGGCCACUUGGAAAGUCUCUAUGUCACCUCGGAUCACUGGCCCAACCUCAUCUCUCUGGACCUGAGCUUCAACGACCUGACAGACCUGCCGGGCAUGCUCGCCAGCCUCGCCACCCUCCCGCGCCUGAGGCUGCUGCUGCUGCAGGGGAACCCGCUGGCCCUGCUGCCCUACUACCGCGGCCUCACCGUCGACAGCCUGGCCCGGCUCUGCGUGCUGGACGACAUCACCGUGUCUCCCAGCGAGAAGCAUCAGUUCCGGGGGCUCAGCCACAGUGGGGACCUCUUGGCACAUGUGGCACAGCUCGUGGUGACUAUUGGAGACGUCAAGGGGGUUCAGGACACCUCUGUCUUAGACCCGGAACCAGGGCCCCAAGGCCCAUUUAUCACUUACAGCUAUUAUGUGACCUAUGACUUUGUGGAAGAUGAAGAAGGAGAAGGAAGUGAAUAUGGUGGUGUGCUGGCCGAGAUCGUCAGGCCUUUGCUCAGCACCGUGCAGCUGGGCGAGGACGUUCCCAAAGAAGAGGUCGUCGAAGAGCACGAGGACUCUGCAGGGUCCGGGCUGACCUCUCAGUCGGGAGAGCUCGAGACCUCGCUCGCGUCGGGCGGGUCGGAGCCCUUGCCCGGGGUGGCCGACUCCGCGGAAGAGCUGGCCAAGCUGCGGCCACGGAUAGACCCCCGGCUGUGCCCCUCCCCAGGGACUGUUCUCUUCAGCACUGUCCACAAGCCCUGGACCGAUGUCAUCCCCUGCGACUAUAAGAUGCAGCACACACUCAAGGACCUGGUGGCGCUCAAGGCUUUCCUGCUGGCGGGAACCACAGUGACCAUCGUGGAGGAGAAGAUUCUCUCCUGGCCUGCGGCAAUGCCCCCUGUGGACGUUACGUUGCCUGCCAAGAAAGGGAAAGGGGACAAGGACAAGAAGGGGAAGGAGGAGAAAGACAAGAAGGGGAAAGACGAGAAGGACAAGGAACAGAAGGGACCCAAGAAGAAGAAAGAGCUUCCUAAGGAGCUCCGCCAGGACCCGCCCAUCCUGCGGGUGCUGGACAGCGGCCUGGUGGUCCUGGAGCCCCUGCUGGCCGGGGAGCCGCUAGUGUCCGAGGUGUGCAACUUCGGGGUGAUCUGCACCUUGGAAACUGACAGGCUGACGUCUCUCAGGGAUUCAAAGACCAAGAGCAAGAAAGCUAAAAAAGGGCUAUCUUGCCCCUGCACAAUCUGUGACGUCAGGCAUUGGUUAUUUGUGAAAUACCGGUUGACAGAGUUAGGCAGAUCUUCCAAUUGUUGACACAUUUCAUUAAACACUAUCCAAAAACCAUACUCUUCAUCAGCAUCCAUAUCAUUAGGAAGGUCUUGGAGUAUUGGGAAACUGUUAAGUUCACAGUGGCAGAUGCGGUCGAUGUUCCAAAAUUCUAAUUUCUACUUGAAAGCGCAAAUGUCCUAAGUUUAUCAAAAUGUUUUCCGUUGUUUCUCCUGCAAUGCCAACCUUCCUAAAUUUGCUUUUUACC